ACCAUACCUUAAUCUUGGACUUCCCAGCCUCCAGAACUGUGAGAAAUAAAUUCCUGAGGUUUAAACUACUGAAUCUAUGGUAUUUUGUAUGGCAGUCUGAGCUAAUUAAUACAGCUUUGACAUUGAAACCACAGACGAAUUGGAGCCUGGCAUUGAAAGGAGGUGUUCUGCAGCAAUUUUUUUUUCUUGUCUAAAGAAGUUUACUUCUACAAGAGGGAAUCUGAAAAAUGACAGGGGCAAAGAGGAAAAAGAAAGGCAUGCUGUGGAGCAAGAUCCAUACCCCUCAUUGCGAAGACUUUAAACAGUGGUGUAGAAGGCGUCUGCCUAUUCUGGAAUGGGCACCACGUUACAAUCUGAAAGAAAACUUGCUUCCAGACACCAUGUCUGGGAUAAUGUUGGCAGUUCAACAGGUGACACAAGGGUUGGCCUUUGCCAUUCUCUCAUCUGUGCACCCAGUGUUUGGUUUAUAUGGGUCUCUGUUUCCUGCCAUCAUUUACGCCAUAUUUGGAAUGGGACGUCAUGUUGCCACAGGCACCUUUGCCUUGACAUCCUUAAUAUCAGCCAACGCAGUGGAACGGCUUGUCCCUCUGAGCAGCCAGAACUUCACCACGCAGAGUAACACAAGCGCACUGGGUUUAUCGGACUUCGAGCUGCGAAGGAUUGGUGUUGCUGCAGCCGUUUCCUUCUUGGGGGGUGUGAUUCAGGUGGCCAUGUUUGUGCUGCAACUGGGCAGUGCCACAUUCCUGCUUACGGAGCCCGUGAUCAGUGCGAUGACAACCGGGGCUGCCACCCACGUCGUGACUUCACAAGUCAAGUAUCUCUUGGGAAUGAAAAUGCCAUAUAUAUCUGGACCACUUGGAUUCUUUUACAUCUACGCAUACGUCUUUGAAAACAUCAAGUCUGUGCGGCUGGAAGCACUGCUGUUAUCCUUGUUGAGCAUUGUCGUGCUCAUUCUGGUUAAAGAGCUGAACGAACAGUUUAAAAGGAAAAUUAAAGUCGUUCUUCCUGUCGAUUUAGUUUUGAUUAUCGCUGCAUCUUUUGCUUGUUACUGUACCAAUAUGGAAAUCACAUAUGGAUUAGAAGUAGUUGGUCAUAUUCCAAAAGGAAUCCCUUCACCUAGAGCUCCCCCGAUGAAUGUCCUCUCUGCAGUAAUUACUGAAGCUUUUGGAGUGGCACUGGUCGGCUAUGUGGCUUCCCUGGCUCUGGCUCAAGGAUCUGCCAAAAAAUACAAAUAUUCAGUUGAUGACAACCAGGAAUUUUUGGCCCAUGGCCUCAGCAAUGUGAUUCCUUCAUUUUUCUUCUGCAUACCCAGUGCUGCUGCCAUGGGAAGGACUGCGGGCCUGUACAGCACAGGGGCGAAGACGCAGGUGGCUUGUUUAAUAUCUUGCAUUCUUGUCCUGAUAGUCAUCUAUGCAGUAGGACCUUUGCUUUACUGGCUGCCCAUGUGUGUUCUUGCAAGUAUUAUUGUCGUGGGACUGAAGGGAAUGCUAAUACAGUUUCGGGACCUAAAAAAAUAUUGGAAUGUGGAUAAAAUCGACUGGGGCAUCUGGGUCAGUACAUAUGUAUUUACAAUAUGCUUUGCUGCCAAUGUGGGGCUGCUGUUCGGUGUGGUCUGUACCAUAGCUAUUGUAAUCGGUCGCUUCCCAAGGGCAAAGACUCUGAGUAUAAAAACCAUGAAAGAAAUGGAAUUGAGGGUGAAGAUAGAAACCGAUGGCGAAACCCUGCAGCAGGUGAAAAUUAUCUCAAUAAACAAUCCACUUGUUUUCCUGAAUGUAAAGAAGUUUCAUACUGAUCUAAUGAACAUAAUCCAAAAGGAAAAUGCAAGCAACCAGCUACUGGAUGAUGUCAGCAAGUGUGAACAAAACACGUUGCUCAAUUCGCUAUCCAAUGGCAACUGCAAUGAGGAAGCUUCCCAGCCAUGCCCAAAUGAGAAGUGCUUUUUAAUCCUGGAUUGCAGUGGAGUGACUUUUUUUGACUAUACUGGAGUCUCCAUGCUUGUUGAGGUUUACAAUGACUGUAAGAGCAGGAGUGUGGAUGUAUCGUUGGCGCAUUGCGCAGCUUCCUUGAUAAAAGCAAUGAAGUACUGUGGAAACCCAGACUCAGAGAAACCAGUUUCUUUUGACUCAGUUUCUGCUGCACUAAGUAACAUCUAUUCAAAUAAGAAUUUGAGCAAACUCAGUGAUCACAGUGAAGUCUGAGACCGUUUUGCUGUAGUUCAGCUCUUGCCGUUAGCAACUGCCCUGAAGAGGCCAUACUCUGGCGUUUUGCACAACCUGUUUUGUUGUUGAGAUCGUACAGAAGACCUCAACUUUAAGGAUGAUGUGACUUAAUAACCAUGUAGCCACUGGUCAAGAUUCACCAGCAAUUUUUCCUAGUCUUUGUUAGUAAGCAGAUUUACUUAGUAGGUUAUUGUAGAGUUAUUUUAUAAAAAUUGGUAUGCAUUUAGUUUUAGUGUACUGAAAGGUAAACAUGAAUUUAUUUCCUUUGCCACUGUAUUUUGUGUUGUUUUAUUUCUGUUUUGUUGUAAGUAAACUUGCAAAACUGAGAAACACUUGGUUGUAAGACAUUUAGAACAUUUACAAGCCAUUUGUAAAAACCCAGGAUCAUCUGUAACUAAUACAUAAAGGCAACUUAGCAAAUGUGCCAUGUUCUCCUCCAAAAAACAAAAGAGCCAUCAAACAUCAAUAAGAUUAAAUGUUUCUUUAUACAGUAUGAUAUGAAACUCACAGAAUUCAGUCAAACAAAAACAAAUGACAAACUAGAAACCAUUGUUCUUCAUGUCCUUCCGUGAAAGGAAAUCUUCAAGAUUAUUUUCAAGAUAACCUGUGUUCCAGUGAAACCAAGUUCUUGAUAUUCGUCUGUUUUACUCUGAAUAUUGGAAAUGCUUAGCCCUAAAUUCUACAUUCCAACUCCAUAAAGUCUCUGUUUUUACCUUAGUUUUUGUUGGAGCCAGAGCAUACGGAAGUUGCACAUUUUAAAUUUUGUAACAAAUAUGAUUUUUAGAGGAGAAAAUAAGUACCACCAGUAGAAUAGCUUUGUGCUAUUCUAAUAUACAAUGAACUCUAGUAGUUUGGGACUUCCCUAUUUCAGAGAGACAGUCAAUAUAAUAUAAUGUAUUUAUCUCUCUAUCCAUUUAGGUAGAUAGAUAGGUCUACACAGUAUAUUUUUCUUUUUCUUUUGCUGGAGUAGAACUUAGAUAUGUGAUUAUCUGUAAAACUAUCAGUUGGAUAAUUCACAGGUACCAUAGACCAGGGUGACCUGUAUAAAUUAUUAUUUUCAUGCUUGUACAUAUAUUUUCAAUUAUGUACAAUUACACAGAGUUUCAUAUUUUUAUCAGGCAAUUUGAUAUACUUAUGAUGAAAUCUCAUUUUCAAAGAUAGGUCUGCUUCAGUUUGAAGGUAUUAGAACUGUUCUUGAAAUUACCAAUGUAACAAAAAGCCACGGACUUUAAAGCCAAUAUGAAAAGUAGGUUGAAAAUAAAACUUAAAGACUGAUGAUCAUUUGGGUAUUUUUGUGGGCAUCUGUAUGAGAAUUUGCCUGCCCAAUGAAAUAAUGGUCCCUGGCAAAUGUGUGGUGAACAUUCAUGUGGCCCUUAAUUUUCACAUUAAGUCAUAGGUAGGACAAUGUAAUAAAAUGAAGGGGAAUAAUAAGGGUUUUCAAUCUCAUAACUUACCCCCCCCCCUUUUUUAAUUUUGGUUGACACAGUGAAAAAGAAAAGUCUUUGUUUUAAAGGAAGGUUCAAUCCUUUCAUCACUGAUUUGGAUUGAAAUAAGUGAGGACAACUUUCAUUCUCAUCAAAUAUUGUUCCAAGAAAAAGUGGAGGUAAUAGUUGGAGGUAAAAUUUCCUUAAAGAAAGGAAUUUCACUCUGUUUUGUCCAUUUAAAUUAUUCCAAUGGUGGAUGGUGGCAACACUUACCAUCUGGAAUCCAUUGAUGUUGGCACAUAAAGAUAAGUCAAAGAAAGUUAAGAAAAGAAAAUAUAUUUUGCUGUGUAUAAAUUGAUAUUUUGUUGUCCAACUUAGUCCAAUAGCUAAAUUCAUGCACUGUGGGCAUUUUGCAAUUUGUUAGAGAUUAUGGGCCAUGGAUGACCUUAAAAUCAUUAUAGUUAAUCAGUGUAUGCUUUGUUCUAUUUUAUUGUUAAGGGUGACACAGUAUUGUCUGAGCAGGUGUAUUUGAAUGUGUUUCAGUGUUUAAAGUAGAAGUUUAAUAGAUAAAAUUUUAAAGACAGGAACUUGAGUGUCAAAUGUUAAUAUUAUUUUCAAAGUAAAGGAAGACCAAACCACGUGCUAGGUAGAGCUCUUUGUUCUGUCUUCUACGGCAUACCAAAGUCACAAUGACUGUUACCCUGGAAAAAUUCCUUGGAAUUAAGUUCUGAGAGUCCAAAGUUGAAUAUGAGUUUUGUACACACAAGAUUCUAAAAUACACAUAUUUAUUUCAAAGCAAGCAUUAACAAAGGAACUAUAAUAUAGUCUUGAUGCUAGAAUGUUUCUAGUCAUGCUAAAUUAUUUUUAUGAGAUCACCUUAUUUUUAUAUAUGAUAAACUACUUCCAUAUUACUUAUUAUGGUAAAAUAAAAUUAGAAAAAAUUAGAACUGACCUAUAAGACUGUUAAGGACCUAAUAGAGUGACAUAUAUAAAUUAAGCACAAAAUAUGAAACCAGGAAAAGACCAUUAACAUUACAUUUAUGCAAAUUAAAUGCCCUUAAAUUUUACCAUUUGUCUUUCAUUUUAAAGGUUAUUUGCCCCCCGAUUAUAUGAUUCAAGUGUUAUAAGGUCUAGCUUGAACUACUUUGCGGUAAUUUAUUUGACAGGUCUCUAUUCUAUAAAUGCAUAAUGUAAUGAGGAAAGAGAUCUUUCUUUUUUAAUGAAAACAUUAAUGUGUUAAUACCCUGUAUGGAUAAUGUUUGACAUUUAGUGGUUACCAAAAUAUAUUAGUAUGUUGUUGAACAUACAUAUGCCUUAAAAAUGCACGUUCUGUAUUCUGUGGGAUGAUGAUCUAAUUCGAUAUAGCAUAUGCUCUUUGGCAGUGAGUUUGUUGCCAGAUUUCAAAUAGGGAGUUAAGUGAUGGCUUCACAAUCCAAAGAUUUUUAGUUAAAAAUCAUGUAGUCUAGUAUGCCACAUUUAUUUUUUUAUAUUUUUCAAUGCAUUCAAUUAUCUCUUUUAUAAUUCUUUGUACUAACUCAGCAUGUAA